UUUUUCGUAGAAAACCACUCGCGGGAACACAGAGCGUUAUUGAUGGAAAUGGACUUUCAAGGGGGGGUUCUCAUAAUCACUGAUUCGAUCUCUAUGAAUGCAGGGAUCGUAGUUUGGGCUCUUGAGCAUUUCUCGGUUGGGCCUAAAGACCUCAGAAUCAUUACCCAAGCUUCUCUCCUAGAAGGGCAUCUAUACUUUAACUCCACUCUAUCUGCUGUUGUUUCCAUAACUGAGAAGCCUGGGUUCCAUACACAAUUGUGGCUGUUAGAACUGGCAAAAGUGCUGAAACCUGGUGGCACUGUGUACUUACAAGAACCAUCUUUCUUUGAAGGAAACAAAGAAAUUAUUGUACAGCAGUCCAGAGCUUCUUUGGAGCACAACCUCCUCUUUGCAGGUUUUUCAGGACUGGAGGGAGCUGAAUGCAUAGACCACUCUGCUGAAAUUGAUUCAAUUCCUCAAGACUUUGAGCUUAUAGCUGUGAAGGCUAAGAGACCUUCAUGGGAUAUAUGCUCGUCAUCUUUUCCACUUCAGAAAAAAACACCACUAAAAAGAGGGAGCACAAUAGUUACUUUUCCGAGUACUUUUCAACCACAAAUUGAUGAAACUUUGGAAGACUUAAUUGAAGACGAAAAAUUUUGUUCAUCAGAGGACUUGAAGAAGCUUCAAUUGCCCGUAGAUGACAAUAUGCUAUUAAAGGAGCGAAUACGGGAACGCAAUCGACUCUAUCAACGUAGACGGCGAGCAAGGAUGACAGAAGAACAAAGAAAACGUGAAAGGGAGAGGAGGCGACAAUAUAUGCAAAGCCGUAGAGUCCAACCAAUAACCUUUGAAACCCCACAAGCAAUUGCUUAUGAAAGAUCCAAAGAUUAUGAGCAAAUAGUUCACUGCAGGCAAUUAAUUCGCGAAGCCCAUGGUAUAGAAGUGGAAAAGAAUUCAAGUGUAGGAGAAGCAGGGGAAGCAUCAUAGUGGGUUUUGUAAUAAAUAUAAAUUUUAUCCUUCAAACCCAAUUUUGAGCUGGAAUUAACUGCUGAGAAAGAGCAAAUCAAGAAGAGCUACAAUGUAAAAGCCUACUCAGUUUUGCUCCAUGAAGAAAAUGAGUGUUGUGUAAUAGAUUUGCUUGCUUUCCUGGUUCCUCAGCUAUUAAGGGGCAUCAUCUAGCUCAUGCUUUUGUAUAUUAGAAUCCAGUCUGUGGGUGGUGGUGUAAAAAGCAAAACACCUUUGAAAUUGCCUUCAUCGCAAGAAAGCACCAUCCAACGCAUUAACAUGCUCAAUUGUAUAUAACAAAGCUUCUUGUAAUCGCUAGUUACUAAGGUGAACUUUGUGAAUGGAGAAACAAAUUCUUCUUCUUAAAUCAAUGGUCCUCUGUUUUGA